UAGACAGAGAGAGAGAGAGACACACAGAGACAGAAACAGAGAAAGCGAGAGACAGAGAAAGAGACAGCGAGAGAGAGAGAGAGGAAGAAAGCGAGAGGGCGAGAGAUCUGCCAAAGAGGGGGAGGGGCAGCAAGACCCCCAAGAACUGCUCCAGGGGGAGGGAAGAAAGCAGGAAGGCGGAUGUUCCACUGAGAGGCGCAGUGAAGAUGGCAGCUCCAGGUUACCCCUCACCUCCUGCUGGAUAUGUUAGUCCUCCAUACCCCUCCCCACCAUAUCCGGGCCCCUCUGCUCCUCCUGCCCCUACCCCGGGUUUCCAUGACUAUCCCGGAUCACCCCAGCAUCACAUGUCUGCUCCAUUGCACCCACAACCCGACCUCCCUCCUGGGGUAGCUCCUUACCUGCCCGUGAGCAGCGGGACUGCACUCAGUGGGUUGGAAUACCUCAGUCAGGUUGAUCAAAUUCUCAUUCACCAGAAGACAGAAGCUCUGGAGGCUGUUACUGGGUUUGAGACCUGCAACCAGUAUGAGCUGCUGAGCAUUGUGGGACAGAGGAUCUUCUCUGUACAGGAGCGGAGCUCACUCUGUGCCCGGUGCUGCUGCGGAUCCCUCCGACCCCUUAACCUCCAGGUCUGCGACCCCUCUGGCCGUGAAGUCAUUCACUUUAUCCGUCCUCUCAAAUGUACCAGCUGCUGUUUCCCAUGUUGUCUGCAAGAGCUGGAAGUGCAGAGCCCCCCGGGACACACUGUGGGGUACGUGGCUCAGUCGUGGCACCCCUUUGUCCCCAAAUAUUCUCUGCUGACUGAGACGCGGGAGCCGGUGCUGAAGGUUGUAGGACCCUGUAUCAUGUCAAGCUGCUGUGGGGACAUCGACUUCCAGGUGAAGCCUCUGUGUGAGUCUCGCAGUGUCGGUCGGAUCAGUAAACACUGGGGUGGGUUGACCAAGGAAAUCUUCACGGACGCAGAUAAUUUUGGGAUCCAGUUCCCCAAAGAUAUUGAUGUGAAAAUGAAAGCGGUGUUACUGGGGGCCUGUUUCCUGCUGGAUUAUGUCUUUUUCGAGAGAUCCAGAGCGAAGCCGGAACGUCACACAGUGAUCAGUUAAUGAUUUCCCCAAACAACUACAGUCGCCCCCUACAGACCAAAUAGAAUUUCAUGUGCCUUCAGCUCAGACACCAAAGUACCCCAGUCACUUCAUAUAAGGAUUUGGACUCAUGGUUUACUUAUGUAUAAACACUCUGUACAAUUCUAUAUUAUAUAUAUAUAUAUAUAUCCGCCUAUCUAUUUGUAGUCUGGAAUAAAUAAUAUUACUCACUUA